AAAACAUUAAGUAUAUAAAUCUCUCUCUCUCUCUCUCUCUCUCUCUAUAUAUAUAUAUAUAUAUAUCGAUCUUUCUCAUAUCUCUCAAUGGAAACCCAAAGAAGUAUGAGAUUUUUGGAGAAUAAGACAGUUUUAGUGACUGGAGCAUCUGGAUUUCUUGCAAAACUUUUUGUGGAGAAAAUACUAAGAGUUUGGCCAAAUGUGAAGAGGGUUUAUCUUCUUUUACGAGCUUCAGAUAGUAACUCAGCAACACAACGCAUGCACACUCAGGUGAUAGGAAAAGAAGUGUUCAGGGUAUUAAAGGAAGAACAAGGCAAAGAUUUUGACGGUUUCAUAGAACAAAAAUUAGUAGCAGUUGCUGGAGACAUUUCAUAUGAAGACCUAAAAAUUGAAGAUGUUAAUUUAAGGCAUGAGAUGUGGGACAAUUUGGACAUUAUUCUAAAUUCUGCUGCGACAACCGAUUUUUAUGAAAGAUAUGACGUUGCAUUGUCAAUUAAUACAAUGGGAGCAGUGCACAUGUUGAACUUUGCCAAAAAAUGUCGAAAACUAGUCACCGUUCUUCAUGUCUCAACUGCUUAUGUGUGUGGAGAAGUGGAGGGAGUUAUAGAAGAGAAAGCCUUUGAAAUUGGUGAAACGCUAAAGAAAUCUAAUAAACUUGAUUUUGAAGUGGAAAAACAACUUGUCCAACAAAAAUUGAAUCAACUUCAACAACUACAAGCUUCACAACAAGUCAUUACAACCACAAUGAAGGAAUUCGGCAUUCAAAGGGCAAAACUAUUUGGAUGGCCAAAUACAUAUGUGUUUACUAAAGCAAUGGGAGAAAUGUGCUUAGAACAAUCCAAAGAUGAUCUCUCCAUCAUUAUCAUACGUCCAACAAUGAUUACCAGUACAUACAAAGAACCAUUUCCUGGUUGGAUUGAAGGUUUGAGAACCGUUGAUAGCGUAAUUAUGGGUUAUGGCAAAGGAAAAAUUAGAUGCUUCUUAGGAAGUCCCAAGUUGAUACUUGAUUUGAUACCAGGUGACAUGGUUGUAAAUGCCAUUAUUAUGGCCAUAGGAGCUCAAGAGAAAAAGGCCUCUACAAUUAUCUACCAAGUUGGAUCUUCAAUGAGAAAUCCUAUAAAUAUUUCUCAGAUUUACAAUUUCAGCUUUCGUUAUUUCACUAAUCAUCCAUUGAUUAACAAGGAUGACAAAAAACCCAUCAAAGUUGGCAACUUGGCACUUUUCAAAACCUUCACUACUUUUCAAAUCUACAUUGCUAUUCGAUUCAUCUUUCCUUUGAAGAUAUGGCAGCUGAAAAAUAAACUAUUCUCCUAUGGAGAUAGCAAGGAAAAGUGUGCUCAAUACAUGAAGAAACUUAAGGGAGUGCUGCAUUUGGUACAACUUUACAAACCUUAUGUCCUAUUCAACAGCAUAUUUGAUGAUAUUAACUUGGAGAGGCUUCGACAAAAUGCAAAGGAAAGUGAGGAUAUUGAAGCAUUUAAUUGUGAUCCAAAGUGUAUUGUUUGGGAAGACUACUUAAUCAACACUCACAUUCCUGGCCUCUUAAAGUACGUUUGUAAAUGAUUCUAUUAUUAUUACAUUAAUAAUUUUUAAUUAUUAUAUGACACUACUAUAUAUAUGAUCAUUAUUAAGGUUUACUGAAACCAUAUAUAUAUAUAUAUAUGUUGUAUUUGUACUUUGUUUAUCGGAAUAAUAAUAUCAAACUGCAAAUUAUUUGAGUUAUAGCUUCGUUAAAUAUGAAUUUUUGAUGUAG